GUGACUUUCGGGAAUUCGGAUGUUUUGCUUCAUUUACUAUGAAUUUCAUUUUUUGUGUACCAGUCUUUAUUUUAAUAAAUUGUCUUCAUUCUGCUUCAACAUAUGAAGUUUCUUAUCUGAAAUAUUGCCUCAAUGAGAGUAAUCCUGAUAUUUUCCCGAGUGAUGGAAUUCAUUCCUCUGGUUCCAUCGUGAUGACACCUCAACCAGAAUCUAGUUCAUGGUAUAUGCCUGACAUGAAUUGUUCUGUUACUUUUGCUACUGAAUCGAAUCAUUAUAUUUUAUUGACUUUUUCCAAUGUCAGUUUGAGGAAUUCAAGUAUGGACAACUUGACAGUUUUUUAUGAUAGUGGAAAUUCUAAUGCUAUUCUUGCUGGACAGCAAGUAUGCUCCAAUGAAAAUUGUGAAGGUCUGAAAUUUGAAUCUGGAAACUUCAACAAUAUGACGUUGAAGUUCAUCAGUGCUAAUGUAACAGUGCCACAGAAUGUAACAGGAUUCAAAGCACAUUAUACUGUUUAUGAUUUAGCAAAUCCUUUGACUGGAGCUUGUCGCGACAAGCACAAAUUUUUAUGUGAAAACAAGCAUUGCAUUUUGUAUAAUUUUGUGUGUGAUGGGCACAAUAAUUGUGGUGAUCUGUCAGAUGAGACCAAAUGUGAAAUUCCAGUUAAAGAUACUGUUUGGGGAAUAGUAGCCAUUGUUGGGGCCAUUUUGGCUAUUAUUAUAUUUGUCCCUUGCAUGAUUUACUUGGCUUUUUCUGGCACGCAAAAUAUUGUGAAAUUAGUAACUUUACCAAAUGAUCCGACUCCAUUGUUAAAUGCUGCAGACUGUGGGGAAUCAUCUAGUCUUUUGACAUCUUCUGAAGCUGCCAAUAUCUGCUGGCCAGGAACAUCUUAUGAUUCAUGCAAUUAUGGAACUGUUCAGCAUAAUGAAUAUUCUGUUAAUACUGAAUCAAAGAAGAUUCGUUCACCUUCUCAAAUUCAGGAAUCGCAAGAGAACAAAUUUUUAUAAUAAUGGAUAUUAGUAUAAAAAUUUGUUACAUUAAUUUAUUCUGAGUGCAACAAUUUAUAUUUCUUAAAUAUAUUUCCAUUUCGUACCUUUAAAUAGCUGCAAAAAAUUUAAGGUUUUUUUUAUAUGUUAAAAUACAUGUUUUUAAAUGGUCUUUUAAAAAAAUAGUCCUUAUAGCAAUAAAUAACUUUAACGAAAUUAAAUUCAGCUGUUGUUUCAUAUUUCUGAAUUAAUUAAUUAGUUACAAAUUUUAAAUAUUAUUAAGCUAUUCUCUUUAAGCUAUUCUUUUCUUCUUCCUCUUCUUAUUACUAAUGGAAAAAACUCAUGUGCAAAAGUUUGCUUAUUUCAUUUUAUUAUUUUUUAAAGGAAAUAUUGUUUUAAUUUUUGUAAUGUUCUUCAAUGCAUGUUCUCUGUUUAAUUUUGAAUUAAUUCAAGCAGCUUACUUGGCAGUUUAUUUUCAGCUUACUUUGCAGCUGAAACGUUUUAUUUAAUAUUGCCAAUUUCAAAACAAUCACAAUUUUAAAUUAUUCUCUUUUUAAGCAGUUAUUUGCUUACAUUGUAAUGUAAUAUGUGUUUUGUAAGAUUUUCAAGUAUUAGCUUGGAAAACAACAAUUUUGUAUUUGUGAUGUUUGUAUUGAAGUAUUUUAAAUAUUUUUAAUAAUAUAUUUGUGUAUCAAGAAUUAGAAUAUUGACACUGUGUAGUUAAAAUUUUUGUCCCAGUGCUGGAAUAAUUUAGAUUCAUAUAGCUGUGAAUGAUCUAUGUUUCAACAAAAGUAGGAAUUUUUUAAGAAAGUAAUAAUUAGAGAAACAAAUGUAACCAAGUUGAGAUAAGCUUGCUUUCUUAAAGUUGUGUAUUUUGUAAUAACCUGCAGUAUAUUGAAUGUUUGGAUAUCUUUAAUGUUUUGUGUUGAGCUUUCUCUUUUGUAAUCUUAUCAGAUUCAUUCAUUUAUAGUUACUGUUUAAGUAAUUUACAAUUCUUGUUGAGUUAUUGUUUGUUAGGCUUAUUUUUAGGUUUUUAUUGUAUGGUUUUUAGGAAAUCCAGUUACUUGCUUUGGAUUAUGUUUGUUUAUAUCUAUCAUUUUUUAUGUUUUUUAUCAACUAAUAUACAUUAUUCACAGUUAUAGAGAUAAUCUGUAUUGCCUUUUUUAUAUGUAUAUAUAUUCUUUCUAAUUUUUUCCAAAAGUGGUGAGAUGUACAGAAUUUUGAGUAACAUUUUAACUUUCAGUUCUUACUCAUUGCUUUGGUUUUAAGGGUUUUGUAGAUGAAAAGAACUUAGCUGUCAGAAGUACAUAUAUACAUAACGAAUAAUUAGAAUAAGAAUAAAUUAAAAUAUUUUGUAAAGAAAUGUGUUUAAAACUCUUCAAUUUAUAAUGGUUAUCAUACUUGUUUUCUUAAAAUAGAAAUAUUUUCAUUUCUUUUAAAGUGUGUGUGUGUGUAUAUAUAUAUACACACUUAAAAAAGCAUUAAGAUGUUUUGUGUGCCUAGCAUUCUCAAUCUACAGAUAUCUGCUGAUAUAUUUAGCUAUAAAUAAUUUUACUAAAGUUUUUUUUACAAUUUUUUUUAACAUUCCAUUUUACUUUUUAAAGAUAAACGAAUCUUAUGUAUGUAUUUGUCCAGAUUAUGCUUGCCUUCUUUCUUUAUAAUUGAGCUUUUAAAAAAUUUGCCAUUAACUUUCGUUAUAGAAAACAUUUUGUGACCUAAAUUAAUCCGAAAAUUUUAUUGUCUCCUUUAAAUAAGUAAAUGUACUUCUAUUUAAAAAUGAGUUAUUUUUUAAUUGAACAUCUUUUUGCUUAGCAACUUUAAUUGCAACACUUCAAAGUAGUAUUAUUUUCAAAACAGCUCUAGCUUAAUAAUAUUAAAGAAUUGAGAAGAUAGUGAUUGUGAAUAUCAUAUUUUAAGGUGCCCUUCUUUAUGUCACCCAUAAUUUAUUUCCCACAUUGUUAUAUUAUUUUGUUUUAUACUAGGUGUUAUAUCAGUGCAAUUACUCUAAUGCAUGGAUUAAAACUGAAUUUAUAGCUUUAAUUUUUUACAUAUGCUCUUUAUCAAUGUAUAAGCUUCUAUUUAAAACAAAUGUUUAUUAAUAGAAAUCUGUACACAUAUUAAUUUAGUUAUUUUGGAUAAUCAUAUAACAUAUUAUGCAUUUUGUGCAAUAUUUUGAAAUGGCAUAGAAUAAAUUAUUAAGCAGGUAGCUCUAUAAAAUUCUCUUUGAAAAUUUGCUGUCUAUUUUGAAGUGGAUUAAUUGUGAAGAAAUUUUAUUUUUAGAAUAUUUGUAAUCUUAUUUCAUUAUUUAUGAACUCUAGUACUAUGUGAAUAUGCCUGCUUAUGAAUAUACUUUCAUUCAUAUGCCUGUAUUUUUUUUUUCCUAUUUUUUAAUUUUAAACCAAAGAAACUAAAAACAGUUUAGGUAGAAUAAUCUGUUUCUUAUGUAUAUAACAAAAAAUGAGGAUAAGAUAUGUUUCUUUUGAUGCAAAGUAAAACUGAGAAAUUGUUAUUAUUGCUUAUAAAUUAUUAAUCAAACUUCAGUAUGUAUAAGGACUUAAUUAUUUUAUGUAUCUUUAUGAGACACAUAUAUUGUUAUCUUGGAUACACUGCAUAGAAGUAUAUCAUAAUUUCGAUUAUUUUUCUCUAUCUGUAAUUAUAUAUAUUGCAACAAUAUAGUCUGAUUUACUAACAUCCUGUAUCAGGUGCUAUCUCUGAGAAGUGAAAUAUUUCAAUGUCCCAUAAAUGUUUACAUAUCAGUGCAUUUGGCACUUAGAUGUUCGGCAAUAAUUUUAAAAGAUAAAUGCCGUUGAAGAUACCAAUUUUAAAACUAAUGGCUUCUACUAUUUUAAUGUAUACAUACAGUGUCAUUUUUAAUGUUGUUAUUCAAAGAAAAUUGUAAUAGUGAUUCAGUAAAUUAUAAUCAACUGUAAUAAUAAAUAAUAACUUAUUAAUUAUAUUUGUUAUAAUGAUUAAUUUAAACAAAUUCUUGAAAAAGAAACUUUUUGUUUCUUUCUUUCUUUCCAAGUCUUCACUUUUAAUAUGUGAAUGUUUCAUAAUUAUUUCAUAAAAAAUUAGUAAAUAUCAAAUAUUUCUAUUUUGUUUGGUGUUUUUAAUAUUACUUUGGAUCUGAAUUAUUCAUCAUCUAAAUUAUUUUUUCCUAGUAAUCAUGAAAUUUGUGAUUUUAAUGAAAUUUUUAUUCCUAUGUUUUGUUGACUUUCAUUUUCUAGUUAUAUUUUCCCCCUGCAGAAAACCCUGUGACAUUAUUAUAGCCAGUAAUUUAUAAUCGGUGAUAUUAUCUUAUGUUUGCAUAUAUUGUGUAAUAUACCGAUUUAUCAGUAUUAUAUUUAUAGUAUUCUUAUUUAUCAGUGAUAUAUGUACAUUUCAUGUUCUGAAAGUUACUGUUACAAAAUAGAAAAUAAUUUGUUGUAAGGUCACAAAGAAAUUGUAUAUUUAAGGUUUUAUAAAGAAUUUUUUAAAAUUAAUUUUUUAUGUAGUCCCAAUUUAUAUUCCUGUGAUAAAACAACUGUUAUAUUGACACGUGCCUUGUGUAAAUA